CGGGCUGCUCCGAGUGUCCGCGGCGGUGCGGCGGCGCGAAGGGCGAGUAGAGGUGGCGGGGCGGGCGCGGGCCCGGGACCAGGUUGGGAAAGCGGGACCGUCGGCGGCCGCCCUCCCGCACGGGAAAGUCUGGCCGCCCGGCCCGGGACCCCCAGCGAUGAAGUCUUACACUCCGUACUUCAUGCUCCUGUGGAGUGCCGUGGGCAUAGCCAAGGCUGCCAAAAUCAUCGUGGUGCCGCCCAUCAUGUUUGAGAGCCACAUGUACAUCUUCAAGACGCUGGCCUCGGCCCUGCACGAGCGCGGCCACCACACGGUGUUCCUGCUGUCGGAGGGCCGCGACAUCGCCCCGUCCCGGCACUAUAGCCUGCACCGCUACCCCGGCCUCUUCAACAGCACCACCUCGGACGCCUUCCUGCAGUCCAAGAUGCGGAAUAUCUUCUCGGGCAGGUUGACGGCCAUCGAGCUCUUUGACAUCCUGGACCACUACACCCAGAACUGCGACAUGAUGGUGGGGAACCAGGCGCUCAUCCGGGGCCUGAAGAAGGAGAAGUUCGACCUGCUGCUGGUGGACCCCAACGACAUGUGCGGGUUCGUGAUCGCGCACCUGCUGGGGGUGAAGUACGCCGUGUUCUCCACGGGCCUCUGGUACCCAGCCGAAGUGGGCGCACCUGCCCCAUUGGCCUACGUCCCUGAGUUCAACUCCCUCCUCACCGACCGCAUGAACUUACUGCAGCGGAUGAAGAACACGGGUGUCUACCUCAUCUCCAGGCUGGGUGUCAGCUUCCUGGUUCUCCCCAAGUACGAGAGGAUCAUGCAGAAGUACAACCUGCAGCCCGAGCGGUCCAUGUACGAGCUGGUCCAUGGCUCCAGUCUCUGGAUGCUGUGCACGGACGUGGCGCUCGAGUUCCCCCGGCCCACGCUGCCCAACGUGGUAUACGUCGGGGGCAUCCUCACCAAGCCGGCCCGGCCACUUCCAGAAGAUCUCGAAAGGUGGGUCAAUGGUGCUAACGAACACGGCUUUGUCCUGGUGUCCUUUGGAGCUGGAGUCAAGUAUCUGUCAGAAGACAUCGCUGUCAAACUGGCAGGAGCGCUGGGCAGGUUGCCGCAGAAGGUGAUCUGGAGGUAUUCUGGAACCAAACCAAAGAACCUCGGAAACAACACAAAGCUCAUUGAAUGGCUACCGCAAAAUGACCUCCUGGGGCACUCGAAUAUUAAGGCCUUCCUGAGCCACGGGGGUCUGAACAGUAUCUUUGAAACCAUGUACCAUGGUGUGCCCGUGGUGGGCAUCCCGCUCUUCGGAGACCACUAUGACACCAUGACGCGGGUGCAGGCCAAGGGCAUGGGGAUCUUGCUGGAGUGGAAGACGGUCACUGAGGGCGAGCUCUAUGAAGCGCUGGUGAAUGUUAUCAACAACCCCAGCUACCGUCAGAGAGCCCAGAAGCUAUCUGAGAUCCACAAGGACCAGCCUGGCCACCCGGUCAACCGCACCGUCUACUGGAUCGAUUACAUUCUCCGCCAUAACGGGGCCCGUCACUUGCGUGCCGCUGUCCAUCAGAUUUCUUUCUGUCAGUAUUUUUUACUGGACAUUGCCUUGGUGCUUUUGCUGGGUGCUGCUUUGUUUUACUUCCUCUUGUCCUGGGUGACAAAAUGUAUCUUCAGGAAAGUCAAGAGUCUGUGGUCUGGUAAGAAGCAAAGCACCGUAAAUGGACAUUACCAUAAUGGGAUCCUCAAUGGCAAGUACAAAAGAAAUGGCCACAUUAAACAUGAAAAGAAGGUGAAAUGAGGGUAGCUUCCCCGGGGAGUAACACACCUGUUCAGUCACUGAAGUUUUGUCGCUCUAAUUUAGUCUAACAACUACUAAAAGUCAGACGUCAGUAAAUCAUUCUAACACUCCCUCCUAAGACCGCACUCAUGGAAUUCUGUGGAAUUAAGAUGGCCGUACAAAGCACAAAUUUAAACAUGCAAACCUGCAUUUUAUUUGAAUACUGAUGCAGAAAGUUUGGGCACUGAACCUUUUAGAAGCCUUAAUUAUUUAAAUUAAGUGACCAUGUCAGACCGUAGUUUGAGAACUCGCUCUAUGUGUGUCCCAGAUGAGGAAUGAUUUCUCGUUAAAGAGUGUCUGAGUGCAUGUGUAAAUGUGAGUGUGAAUGUUUAUAUGUGAGUAUGUGUGUGUGUGUGUGUGUGUGUGUGUGUGUGUGUCUUUCCUAACUACUUUUAGCUGGCUGCUUUGUUCCAUUGUUGAAGGUACAGCCCGUUCAAGAAUGACUGAGAGGAAGCUAGUUAGGCUCCAUGUCCAACUCUAUCUCUUCUAGAAUUUAAUCUGUGUGAACUCAGAACAUUUCCCACACCUUGCCUCUAAAGCUGAAUGCAGAGAAGGAGAAUGCAAGAAUGAGUGGCACCUGUUUUGUUUUGCUCCUGUUUUCAAUUUUAAAUUUUUGUGUCUUUUCCUUUUCUU